CUCCCCGCCCCUCCGCCCGCUCCCGCCGCCUCUCGCGAGGCCGCCGCCCCCCCCCCCGCGCGCGUCACCGGCGGAGCGGACGGCGACAACAUGGCGGAGCGGCGGCGGCACAGGAAGCGCGUCCAGGAAGUUGGUGAGCCAUUCAAGGAGGAGAAGGCUGUUGCUAAAUACUUGCGCUUCAACUGUCCAACAAAAUCCACCAACAUGAUGGGCCACCGAGUGGAUUAUUUUAUUGCUUCAAAAGCUGUGGAUUGCCUUCUGGAUUCUAAAUGGGCAAAGGCAAAGAAAGGAGAGGAGGCUCUCUUUACAACCCGAGAGUCUGUAGUUGAUUACUGCAACAGACUCCUGAAAAAACAGUUCUUUCAUCGAGCAUUGAAAGUGAUGAAAAUGAAACCUGACAAGGAUACAAAGAAAGAAAAGGAAAAAGGAAAGGCUGAGACCGGGAAAGAAGAGGAGAAAAAGAGCAAGAAGGAAAGUGGCAAAGAUGAAAAAGCUAAGAAGGAGAAAGAAAAGGAAAAGAAGAAAGAUGGUGAAAAAGAUGAGUGUAAGAAGGAUGACACCCCAGGAACACCCAAGAAAAAGGAAACUAAGAGGAAAUUUAAACUUGAGCCACAUGAAGACCAAGUUUUCUUGGAUGGAAAUGAGGUCUAUGUGUGGAUCUAUGACCCCGUUCACUUUAAAACUUUUGCCAUGGGACUUGUACUUGUGAUUGCCGUUAUAGCCGCCACCCUGUUCCCGCUCUGGCCAGCCGAGAUGCGCGUUGGUGUUUAUUACCUCAGCGUGGGCGCCGGCUGCUUUGUCGCCAGUAUUCUGCUCCUGGCCGUCGCUCGCUGCAUCCUUUUCCUUAUCAUCUGGCUCAUCACUGGAGGAAGGCAUCACUUCUGGUUCCUGCCAAACCUCACAGCAGAUGUGGGAUUCAUUGACUCCUUCAGGCCCCUGUACACACACGAAUACAAAGGACCAAAAGCAGACUUAAAGAAAGAGGAAAAAGCAGAAUCCAAAAAGCAGCAAAAAUACGACAGCGAGGAGAAAUCAGAUAGUGAGAAGAAGGAAGAGGAGGAUGGGAAAACAGAAGGCACAAGGAACUCGGGAACAGACGGCUCAGGAGGAGAGCGACAUUCAGACACUGACAGUGACAGGCGUGAAGAUGACAGGUCCCAGCACAGUAGUGGCAAUGGAAACGACUUUGAAAUGAUCACAAAAGAGGAACUGGAACAGCAAACAGAUGAAGGGGAUUGUGAGGAGGAAGAGGAGGAAGAUACCGAAAGUGGGCCUUCACAUGGAAAAUCAUAACUCACUGUGGUUUGGGACUAAGUAUGUGCAAAUGGUUGGAUUUUCUUUGUUGGCUGAUCACCAAAACAUAGACCAUACAGUAGCAUAUUUGUUUGCUGAAAUAUCCAUGUUACCAAACAGUUUUAUAUCUAGUUCCUUCAUUUUUUUUAACCAUUAACUUGAUUACUCGGUACUAUGUUAAUCAUUAAUAUCCAUUUAUGGAAGUUUUAUCAAUUUGACAAGUUUUUUAUUGAUUGAUAGAUUGCCCAGAUUGUCCUCAAACAUAACAAAAGACAUCAUUUUCUGGUACUUGCAUAACUGGUCAAUUAGCUUAGCUUCUCAAACUUGCUUUUGUAAACCAGGUAAAAGUUGAAUGACCAAAUCUCAGAUUAUUCCUAGUUAUCCUCAUCUGAUAGUUAGGUAAAACCCUUCUUAGCCCACAGCCUUCUUGAUAUUUUUCUUGAUUUUGUUUUCAAAAGAUUGUGAGAACUUUCCUGAGAAAACUAGUUUUAGCAGAAGUAUUUUGCUGACAGUAGAGGAGCUGGUAGUGCUGAAUUUGGCUGCAGUGUUCUCUGUUUCUCCAGCCUAUGUGCCAGCAACUGAGGAAAUCCAAAUGGUUUUGUGCAUCCAGAGCAGAGAGAGAUGUCAUCUCCAGCAGGUGAAGGAAGCAGCAUGGUUUGGAAAUGAUAGCUGUUUUCUUUCUCCUGCUCCAUCAUAAUUUAAAAAAAAAAUGUAUUCUGUACAUAAUUUACAAAUAAAGCAAACCAUUUACUUUAACUGCUACUUAUUAUUUAGAGAUUUGAUCCAGCAUUCAGUUUGUAUUAUUGAAGCCAUGUUGUGGUGUAUCUAUCAGAAAUGCAAGUCGAGAGGACCUCACGGAGUAUUUGUGUAUGAUUGGUAGCUGUUCCACAGAAGCUUUAGUUUUGUGCCAACAUUCCAUGUAUUUGAGUAAAAUGAUCUUUAUUAAAUGAAAGCAAACACCAGA